GAAUUUCGAUUGAAUUUUAUUCACUCGACUCGAAUUAUUUUGCGCGAAUUGUAAUGUCUGCUUGCUUGAUAAAAAUCGUUGUACGACGCGGUUCGACGAUUCGCUAUUGGGCUCGUGGCGCUUUUACAACUUACAACGCGAGCAAUCAGUCGCAAAUCUCGAAAUAGCGGGGCGAAAAAAGACGCGUCCUCGCGUGUAUGAUUGUCAUUGACAUGCCUCACGUAUUAUUGAGCGACUCGAUCGCGGUAGAGCUGGAAGCUCAAGAGCCAUGGCCUCAACCGAUCACUCUAUAUCAACCUUACGAAGUGGAGCAAAUUCUGCUUCCUGACAAUGCAAACUGCUUGGCGGUGCAGGCCUUUCUCAAGAUGUGUCAGCUUAAUUUUCAAAUAGAACCAAGGAAGAAUGCAGAAUUUAUGUCGCCAUCGGGUCGUGUACCAUUUAUCAAAUGCGGUACAAAGUUGAUAUCCGAGUUUGAUGGUAUAGUGACCCACAUAGCGAGUAAAGGAGUAAGUCUGUCCGAUCACUUGGACUCUGCCGCCAAAGUGGAUAUGAGAGCGUAUCUGUCUCUUGUAAACAAUGUAUUUGUAAACGCGGAAUUGUACAUCUGUUGGGUGGAUACGGCAAUUUUGAACGCAGUUACAAAAACGAGACACGGGAGCGUGUAUCCUUGGCCGCUUAAUCAUUAUCUAAACUGGCAAAAGAGACGAGAAGUUAUAAAAAAACUUAAUGUACUCGGCUGGUAUAACAAGAGUCUAGAUGAAGUGUACGAUGAUGUAAGAAAGUGUUGUAUAGCGCUCUCUGAGAGACUAGCAGACGAAGAGUUUUUCUUUGGAAAAGACAAGCCUAAUGAAUUGGAUGCCUUGGUCUUUGGUCAUAUAUUUACAAUAAUCACAACGCCGUUAACGCCAAACAACAAAUUGGCUAUGAUUGUGCGGAAUCAUCCAAAGCUCGUGAAUCUGUGUAAACGCAUCGAGAAUAGCCUUUUUUCUCCUCAAGCUAUAGACAGUCAGACUAAUGAAACGCUGGAGUUCAAGAAUUAAGCCAAUGAUCCAACAUCCAUACCAAGGAUAAAUGAAUUAAAAGAAAAUGGCGAUCUUUCUUUAAAUUCAAACAUAGCCUAAUGUCAGGCAAUAAAUGUCCCGAAACAUAUUGAAGCACAAUUUCGGAAGCUAUCAUAUAUAUAUAUUAGGUAUAAAAUCUCGUUUUUCGUAAAAUAUUGAUAAUUAUAUAUCACAUCAAUGAUUUUGAAUACUGACAAUGAA